GGUCACAGGCGAUUACGAGAAAGAGUAGGGUUAAUAUAUGUCAUUAGGUGUCACACUGGUGCCGUUACUUGACUUAAAUGCCCUUGAAAUUAUCUAUUUAUUCUCUCACUCCUCACCCCUCAACCACCUCUCUGUUCGCCUUUCCCCCUUCGCGAAUUCCUCCUCCGGAACUAUGGGAACCGAUCGGAAGACUAUCGUCGCCGUGCUGCUUCUUGCACUGCUUUUCUCCCCUGCGGUCUAUGCGCGGGCUACGGUGAGAAUCGGGCUGAAGAAGAAGGCUCUGGAUCAGGACCGGCUGCUUGCUCACCGGAUUGCGUCGAGGGACUUCGUGAAGGCGAAGUAUGGGCUCGGAGACAAUCGGCUUGGGGAUGACACGGGGGAUAUCGUUUCUUUGAAGAAUUACCUGGACGCUCAGUACUUCGGAGAGAUCGGUGUCGGCUCGCCGCCGCAGAAGUUUACGGUGAUCUUUGACACCGGGAGCUCCAACCUCUGGGUUCCAUCCGCCAAGUGCUACUUCUCUGUGGCAUGUUACUUUCAUUCCAAGUACAAGGCGUCCCUCUCGAGUACCUAUCAGAAGAAUGGCAAGUCUUGUGAUAUCCACUAUGGGACUGGAGCUAUUUCUGGGUUCUUGAGUCAAGACCAUGUCCAAGUGGGUGACCUUGUUGUCCAGGAUCAGGUUUUCAUCGAAGCUACCAGAGAACCCAGUAUCACAUUCUUGGUUGCCAAGUUCGAUGGCAUCCUUGGACUAGGAUUUCAGGAAAUCUCAGUUGGGAAUGUUGUGCCCGUUUGGUACAACAUGAUCGAACAGGGUCUUAUCGACCAACCCGUGUUCUCUUUCUGGUUCAACAGAAACUCUGAGGAUGAUGAAGGAGGAGAGAUUGUUUUCGGAGGUGUUGAUUCUAGUCAUUUUAAGGGCGAGCACACAUACGUUCCUGUUACUCAAAAGGGUUACUGGCAGUUUGAUAUGGGUGAUGUUCUUGUUGGUGGCGAGACCACUGGGUUCUGUUCGGGAGGUUGUGCGGCAAUUGCAGAUUCAGGAACGUCCUUGAUUGCUGGUCCGACGACUAUAAUUGCAGAAAUCAAUCAUGCAAUCGGAGCAUCUGGUAUUGUCAGCCAGGAGUGUAAGGCAGUUAUUGCUCAGUACGGGGAUAUGAUCAUAGAAUUAUUGAUAGCUCAGACACAGCCCCAGAAGAUCUGUUCCAAGAUUGGAUUGUGCGACUUCGAUGGCACUCGUGAUGUCAGCAUGGUCAUUGAAAGCGUGGUCGACAAGGCGAACAUGGAGGAGUCCCCUGUAAAGAGCGACGCUAUGUGCACUGCUUGUGAGAUGGCAGUUGUAUGGAUGCAAAACCAGAUCAGGAUGAACCGCACGCAGGAGCAGAUAUUGAAUUACAUUAAUCAGCUCUGCGACCGGUUGCCGAGUCCGAUGGGAGAGUCGGCUGUUGACUGCAACGGCUUGUCUAGCAUGCCCAAUGUUUCAUUCACCAUUGGAGGCAAAACUUUCGACCUUUCUCCAGAACAGUACGUCCUUAAGGUGGGGGAGGGCGCAGCUGCUCAGUGCAUCAGUGGGUUCACUGCUUUGGAUGUGCCUCCUCCGCGCGGCCCUCUCUGGAUCUUGGGAGAUGUUUUCAUGGGUGUAUACCACACCGUGUUUGACUACGGCAACCUACGGGUCGGUUUCGCUGAAGCAGCUUAAGAUCCUCCUUCCUUGGGGCUGGUGCCUCCCUUGGUCACGACUUAGCAAACUUUUCUAAGCUACUACCUAAAACCCCGUUAUGGUUUAUAUGGAAAUGCAGCUCGGCUGGACAGUCGUGUGGUGUGAUCUGUACAUAUUACUAAAAUGAUUGCCCCGUUUCUCGCGUCUUUCCA